GAGCCCCCUUUUCCACAACUCAUUUCUUAAUCCCUGCCUGAGGCUGCCACACCUGGAUGGAACGCGCAUGCGCAAGGCUGCCUCUCGCCGCCCCGUCUUCCCUCAGGUUGGAACCCCUGCUGCUUCGCGACGAUGACACUCGUAGGUUUUUACAGCAAUUCUCUGAUGCCCUUGAUACGGCAGAACGCUGUGUAUAUCAAGAGUAAGCUCUCGUUUGAGGAGAUUAACAAUUCCUGUUUUUGCCAGAUUUCUUCUUGAAUGGCAACCACCUAAAUGCCAGUCCAAAGAAGCCCCCAAUAGACUUGUUCGCCCUUCAUGUCCUCAACUCUGGGGAAGUUAAGUAAUCGAGUUGAAGAAACACUUCCACUACUUAAAAAUUACUUUCAUAUUUGUUCAGCUAUCCCAAUGGGAUUUUCACUUAGUAAAUCUGCUACUCAGGUAUCUGCUAUGCAUAUGGAUUCCAAAGUGGAUGAUCACUUAAUACGAGGGACUGAAAAAAGCAGGUUGGAACCAACGACUCAGUUAUUUCAAAACACCAAGAAAAUAAGAUUAGAAGACACAAAUCAAGAAAACUUUUCAAGGAUUGAAGGGACUGGCACAAGAUCUUUUUCUGAGAAAGCCUUGGGUUCAGUGGUAUACGUCAAAGAAAGCGAUGGACUAGAAAUGACAGAUGUGGAAUGAAGCAAUUUGUAUGUAUUACCAAACAAACCAAAAACUGCCUUUGAUUAAGAGGGGAUGUCGAAAGAGAACUUAACCUUAUUAGGAAACCCUAACAAAAUGAUGGAAGACUAUUGCUUUAUUUUUCACUAUUUGUGAAUCAUCUUACACUGCAUUUUUUGAUUAUGCCUAUUCAAAAGGCAGUUGCUUUUAGAGUGAAAAAGCCUUCCAAAAUUCAAAGCAGAUUUCUCUGGUAUUAUAUUAUAUCCUUCUUAAAAACCAGAGCUUUUAAGUGCCAGUAUUUGAAUGGCACCAAAACAUUUUCAUUUUAAUGUAUUUCUUUAACAAGUGAUUUUAAAAAGUGUCUAAGCGGCCGGGCAUGGUGGCUCAUGCCUGUAAUCCCAGCACUUUGGGGGGCCGAGGCGGGUCGAUCACCUGAGGUGAGGAGUUCGCAACCAGCCUGGCCAAUAUGGUGAAACCCUAUCUCUACUAAAAAUGCAAAAAACUAGCCAGGUGUGGUGGUGGGCGCCUGUAAUCCCAGCUACCUGGGAGGCUGAGGCAGGAGAAUCGCUUGAACCCCGGAGGCGGAGGUUGCAGUGAGCUGAGAUCAUGCCAUCGCACUCCAGCCUGGGCAACAAGAGCGAAACUCCGUCUCAAAAA